AUGUCAAGUGCAAAGAAAAAACCAAGUCUCGUGACAUGCCCCCAGUGUAAUGCUGUUGUUCUUACCAAAGAUUCUUUAAGACAUCAAGACUUCUGUGGAAAGCCCGUCGUAGAAUCUGAAAUUGCGUGCGCUCAAAACGGAACGCUACGUGGAUUUAAUGUGGCAGUGGACAAAGCAGAAGGUUUUUUACCCCCAGACGCUGUUGGAUGGGAAAAGGAACACUCAAUUCUAAUCAAUCAACAAACAAUGGAAAGUCUAGGUCUACUUGCUCGGCAACCAGUUCGAAUUAUUCAUUCUUCUGAUUCUUUUAUUGGAAUAGUAUGGCCUUGCAAAGAAGUUGCACUUCUCAAAGUAUCCAUAAUAUCUUCUAGAAUUGCACGGGAACGAAUGAUCACAUUGGAGUCUUGUGGAAGAGUUGAAAAACUCAAAAGUCUGAGUGUCACAGUCAAGACAUCCUUGACUUUAAAUCCGGCUCUCAGUGGAUUCUUAGAAGCAUAUCUCAGUCACUCGUAUCUGCAAUACAAUUCCAGUGUUGAUCUGAAAUAUUUGGGUCAAAAUGUUACAGUAACCCCAGAAGAACCAAUCGAGAGCAAGAUGAGCGCCAUGGGAAUAGAUGACGACAAGAAAAGAAAUUCGAAAGUAGUAUCUACAGCUGUUGGCUACAAAAUUCAAAUUUUGAAUGCUUCUGCAGAAGGAUCGACUUCAGAUGUUCUUCAAACUCUUCCAACUGACUUAUCAAAUAUUGGUGGAUGUUUCACCGCCAAACAAGUUCUCGAAGAUUAUGUUAUCAGUCCAGUUCGUCAAAAAGAGUCACCGUGUUCAGUUUUGAUCUGGGGACUUCCUGGAAGUGGAAAGACACUUCUUUUGAAAGAAGUUGCGUUAGUUCUUUCUGGAUCAACAACCUACAUUGGUAGCUGUGAAGAAUUGAUGGAAUUGAAUGGAGUAACAACUGGAAACAUUGUAAUUGUAGAUGUUAAUGAACUAGAAAAAGAAAAUACGAAAGCAAAUCGAGCAUUGAGCUUUUUGUUGGGCGACGAAAAGAAAUGCGUGAUUCUUUGUGUUCGAUCUUCCGAAACUCUUGACAUUGGAUUCCGUGUGAGAUUCCCGAUUGAAGCAGAAAUCACUGUUCCAACACAAGACGAGAGACUCGACAUUCUUUCGAAAAUUGGCAACAUCUACAAUUUCCCAUUGGAACUUCAUCUUGAUGUUGCUCGGCACACUCAUGGAUUCACUGGCGGAGAUUUAUGCUCAUUACUGAAAGCGGCGAAAUUUGCAAGAGGAAGAACACAUUUGGAACGAGUAAAUGACGCAAGAAAACGAAUCAGACCAACUGGAAUUCGUCAAUUUAUUCUAGAAGUACCUAAUGUUUCUUGGAAUGAUAUUGGAGGAAAUGAAGAAUUAAAGUUAGAAAUUCAACAAGCUGUUAUUUGGCCUCAAAAACAUCCAGAAGCUUUUGAAAGAUUUGGAAUUGAUCCACCAGCUGGAAUUCUUCUUUACGGACCACCCGGAUGUAGUAAAACUUUAAUAGCACGUGCACUGGCUAGUGAAGCAAAAAUGAAUUUCCUCGCUGUCAAGGGACCGGAGCUUUUCAGUAAAUGGGUUGGAGACUCUGAAAAAGCAAUUCGAGAUUUAUUUUCAAGAGCAAGACAAGUUGCUCCAACUAUUGUAUUCUUUGAUGAAAUCGAUGCAGUUGGUUCUUCAAGAGGUUCGGAAAAAAGUUCUGGAGUUUCGGAUCGAGUUUUGGCACAAUUGCUCACUGAGUUAGAUGGUUUGGAAAAGUCAAGUAGAGUUAUAUUAUUGGCGGCAACUAAUCGGCCUGAUCAAUUGGAUAGUGCACUUUUAAGACCUGGUCGCCUGGAUCGUGCUAUUUAUGUCGGAUUACCAUGUGAAGUGACACGAAGAGCCAUUCUCGAAAUGCGAACUAAAAAAAUGAAAUUCGAUGAUACAGUUAGAACAAUUGAUAAACUAGUGGAAAAAACAUCAGGAUAUUCCGGUGCAGAACUUGUUGCUGUCUGUAGAACUGCUGCAAUGUUUGCAAUGCGUGAAAGCAUUGAUGCUACAAUCGUGCAAUGGACGCAUUUUGAACAAGCUCUUGCCGCAGUUGUUUCCCGAACUGAAGCGUAUCUUCUUGAAAUUUAUGACGAUUUUAAAGCAGGUCGAGCUUCGAACGCAUGAAAAUAACUGUUUACCUGAUUGUUAUUGUUAAAUUGAUUUGUUCUUGAAUUUUGAAUUUCUUUGAUUGUUGAAAAAUGAAACAAAUUUUAUUUUUG